UCUCCGACAAAUGACUGUUCCCGAAAUUCCCCCUGUCCCAAAUUCCGUCACCUUAAGGGAAUACCUAAAUUUGUUUCAGCCUUAAGCGUGGUGAUAUUAUGGGUAAAUAAGUCUUGUAGUGGCACAUCUUGUGUAAUUUAAUCCGUCGCACGCAUGCAAAGUAAAACUGUAAGUAAAACAAAUAUAAAAGUCCAACGAAGCUGAAGUAUUCGAAACUGAAAUGGCAAUGGGCUCAUCCCCAGCACUGAUCUUGCCCACGCACAGCCCAGCCCGUGUGUGACGGUCCAUGUUUCUCUGUGGUGGAUGUAGCGCUUCCCAAGGAAGCUGGUUAGGGUUUAUAAAUAAGUAAUUGCUGUUCCACAGACGCAAACCCAAUCCUUUGAGAGAAUUAAGCAUUUUUAUUUCUGCACUACAAGGACAGCCUGGAAUGGAAGCGAUGGAAGCGAAGCAAGGACACAAAUUGCUGUGACCUAUGUUCUCCCUGUCGGAAGGCCCAGGGCAAGCAGGGAGAACUGCCAUCUCAGCACUGGGCCUGAGUGCCUGCUGGCCCACCCUUCAUGCCUUCCUUCAGGCGUGCCAGGGAAAGCCUCGCUGUCCAACAUUACCCAGACUGGAGGCGCCGGGGAGCCAAAGGGGUGGUGACUUGCUGGUAUGUGGCUGCAGUGAGGCGCGGGCUGCCAAGGUGGGUGAAGGCAUCUCCCCCCCCUUUCCCUGGAAGCUGGUGCCUGUGAGUCACUGGAAUAGCAACGAUAUUACAAAGAUUACGGGCAGAAGACAAGUGCGGGCACUGUUCUCUCUCAUUUGAUUGUGUUUCAAAGCCCAUGCGGCAUUGGUGAUGGCACUCUUCAGUAACUCCAACAGAUUUCAGUCUUUGUUCCCCCAGUCUCUGCUCUUACUUGUCUCUGCUGGUUCCCCUUGUUCUCUCCUGACCUUCUUAUUAGUUAUUUCCCUAUAGCACACCUUUCCUUUACACACCUCCCCUGCAACACCUUUCUCUUGCCCAUCUUGUAGGCAGCAGCUGCGUUUCAGUCCUUGGACCUUAUUGUCUUUCCCCUGGCAUUAGUCAGGCCCUCUGAUGUGAACACUCUGUCUUGUCUUCCCUGACACGGGCAUUGCCCACAACAUUCCUCUGUUGUUUGAACAAGAACAGAGUAGAAACAGAUCAUUUUUACCUACUUACAGAUUGCUUUUCGCUCCUAAUGGCAAUGCCUAUUGAAAAUAAUCCUUUAUUUGGAGGUAAAAAAGCAGGGCAGCUAAAUAGGAAGAUUACAUUAGCUCUGCACUGUUUGGGCUAUUUCAAAAUGCCAGAGUUUUUUAACUAUAACAUCAGUCUGUCCUUAACAAGAGCUGCGUUUAGAUAACUGCUUUUCCAGCCAGUUUUUUCCAGUUUUGUUUUCCACACUGCCCCGUACGACAUUUUGUGCUGCAGUCUUAUGCCCACUGCUAUUUUAAGCCGUGACUCACACUUGGCCUGUGACCCUCUUUGUGCCGGCACAGCGGAUGCAAAGAAAGCUCGGCACAGCAGUGCUGCUUGACGUGGGGAUUGCCCCAGCACAGAAAGCCCUCAGAGGGAACUGGCACCUUGCCUGCCUGCGGAGGAGAAAGGAAGGAGUUUUCUUCCAGCCCAGUAACUCCAGCUGCCCUUUCGAGUGCAGGGAUGCAGUCACAAGGGAUCAGGCAGCUGCCCAGCCCCAGGUUGAAGAAUGCAUCCAAAAAAUUUUGUCAAAUGUAGUGCUGGCAGGAGAACAGUUUUUCUUCUGGAGGACUUUCUAGAAGAGCUAUGAGGAGAGGAAUAUGUAUACUUAGAAUAUAUAUAUAUAUGCAUAUAUAUAUAUAGAGAGAGAGAGGAAACAGGAGAUCAAGUACAAAAUAUUACGUGUUAAGCAGCCACCAGCUGUCUUCUGCAAACUCAGGCUGCUCAAAUCCUUCCACAACCUUUCAGAAGGGGAUGACGAGUGGAAAUCACUGCAGGUUCCUUCUGUAAAGAUUGCUUCUCCUCCUAAUAUAGUCAACUACCUCUCUUACCAAGCUCAGUAAAGAUUUUUUUUUUGCUCAUUGGCUGUUAAAGGUAUCCUGACAAUGUUUACAUAAAUGAGUACUUCAACCAACCCAAGUAUGUUUAUUAUACAUAUAUGUGCAGAAAUAUUUGCCAUUAAAGCAAUGAGUAAUAGCUGAGUCUUGUCCUACUUUUAUAUAGUUGUGCUUCUUUUCCUCCAUCACACACAAUGAUGAAGCUCAUAUGAUAGAAAAAUAUCAUCAUUUCUAUUUAAACAUAUUAAGUAACAUCUUGUACUGAAUGGAGAGCUAAGGCUUAGCAAAAUAAAUAUUUGUAUGCUAUUGAUCCAUAAUUCUCUUGACUAGAUAACUGUAUAUUAUUGUUAUGCUUCUGACUUGGUUAUGCAAUGUUGUAGCAUUUAUAAGACAAGCUUGUGGGCCUGAAAGCUGGUGUGUAUUUUGCAAUUAUAACACUUUGUCUAAUGACAGACUGCCUCUCUUCAAAUCUAAUUUAAUAUAAUAUAAGAUCUAUUGCUAAGAAGAGAGGAAUGUGCAUGGUAUACAGAACAAACCUGACAAGUAGGUUGUGGCAAUAGAUGCAAAAUACGUAAUAGUUCUUUUUGUUUAGGCUUCAAUCCCAUUAGCACAGUAAAAAUAGUGUUUCUUGUGCAUGUUAAAUCCAGGCUGAGCAAAACAGUCAGUAGAGCGGGUCAGCUUCUGCUUGGUUAGCACAGCACAGACAAAUCAGCUGGUGUCCUUGAGGCUUUCCCUCAGAGUGAGGACAGUACCAUACCAAGUAGCUGCAGUCCUGUAGUCUUUGAGGAGUCAGAUGCAUACAGACCUUUAAGGAUUUGGGUCUCAGCAGUGGGGGGUGAUACUGUCCAGCUGUCAUCCUGGAGAAAUACAGAAUCAAGCAGCAUGGGCAACAUUCCGUGUGAAGUUGAUCCUAUGCAUUCCAAAAUGAAACAGAAACUGCCUGCAGAAAAAUCAUCAGAAUCUCUGCAGAAAUACCUCACAGAUACCACAUGCACUGCUUCCCCAAGACGGACUCUUAAAAUGAUUCAGCCUUCAGCAGCAGGUAGCCUGGUUGGCAGAUACAAUGAGAAAUCUUCAGUCAAAAGGAAACUCUGGAAUAACAAGUUUGCCUCAAAGGCUUGUAAUGCUGAGGUGUCUGUGGACAAGGAGCAAGAAAAUGAGGAUGGUGUCAUUCAAGCUGUAGAUCUCAUGAUGAAAGGAAGUCCUUCACCUCAGUAUUGGAAAGAAGUGGCUGAAGAAAGGAGGAAGGCUCUGUAUGAAGUGCUUCAAGAAAAUGAAAAGUUGCACAAAGAAAUCGAACAGAAGGAUGGUGAAAUUGCCCGCCUAAAAGAAGAAAAUGAAGAACUCAUGUCCCUUGCUGAACAUGUGCAUUACAUGACCAGUGUGAUUGAGAGGCUAACUGGUCAAGGACCUGAGAAUCUUGAGACACUGGAGAAUCUGACUCUGGAGGAAUCUAGACGAAAAAAUGAAGAGCAUAACUGUGGAGAUGAGGAAGGGCUGUCACAAGUAUCAUCUGGCUUAGGGGAGAAUAGAUCAGAUCUUGCUUCAAAGGAAGAAAACCAUUUGCAACUGGAAUGACAGCUUUUAAAUAGGCUUAUGUAUGUGGCUUUUAAUUGCAGACUUCCUCUUAAAAGGAUAUACUACACCUUCUCAGGUAUAGACACUCUUGUGGAAGUGUUACAGAUGUUGGUAUUUUUAACUGGCAGUAUGUGGCAGUGGGAGUAUCUGGAUGCUGCAUGGAAAACUUACUACAGGCUGCACGUAGUUACUUGUGUGAAAUGCACAUACUGUGAAUUUCAACUGUUGUGUAAAUACCUUAUCUGACAUAAUUCAUGAACAUUGAUAAAUAAAUCUUUGCCUUACCAAAA